ACAAAAUUCAAAGUAAAAAUUUAUUUUUUAUUUUAGUUAUCGUUUAGUCAUCUAAAGAAGUACGUAACGUAUAAACAAUUAAAAAAAUAUUUAAUUAAAAGAACAUGGAGCGAGCACGUAAAUGUAGAAAGGUGCACUCUUCAUUCAAAAAGCGUUCAAACAACGAAGGUUUGGAGACUCCAAGAUUAAGACCUAGAAAAACGUCUUUCACUACUAGAUCUUCAGCAAUAUACCUAUCUAGCGACAGUGAUGGCGAAGAAGUUGGAGCUCGAGGACGUAUAGCAAAUCCUUGGAAUGUAGACUUUGAUGUAGCUGUUAAUGAGGAUUUCAAUGCUUUAGAUCGAAAUCUGAAUUUUGAAAUGGAUAAUAUGUUUAGAUCUUCAAAUUUUAUUGAUUACGACGUAGAAGAUUCUGAUGUUAAUCAAUUUAAUCCAUCAGUAUUAUCGGAUUUAAUUGAUAAUGAUGUUCCAAUUGAAUAUCAUGAUCAAACACUUGAUAUCACCGACGAAGAUGAUGUUGAAUACGUUGGUUCAUGCAGUGUUGAAUACGUUGGUUCACGCAGUGGUACAUCACAGAAAGCAAAACCAACAACAUCAUCUUCAACAUCAGAUGGUGUAGAAAAAAAAAACGAAUGUCCAGUGUGCUUGGAAUAUUUUAGUCAAUCUAGACCAAUGUAUUCAACUUUUUGUGGACAUGUGUAUUGUAAAGAUUGUAUUUUUCAAGUACUAAAAACCUCUAAAAAAUGUCCAAAUUGUCGUAAAUCGUUAAACAAGAAUAAGGUUCAUCCAAUAUACUUAUAUUAAUUUCUUUUUUUAUAAAGUUUCUUACUCCUCAAGAGAUUAACUGUACUUUUAUAAUUUAUAUUUUCUGCU